AUGUGUAUAUAUUAUAGUGUUAUCCCCCGUUCGCCGUUAGCUGGAUUAGGCAUUCAGGCAACCAGCACUUUUCCCGCAUCGCUCACCGGGGCAAGUUGUGUCUGCUCGCAAGUGGUCAAGACCUUCCGCCACGUAAACCUGACUGCACAUUUUGGCGAUCCUGCCAGUUAUUCAAGGCAACAAAUCGAAAUUCUUAAAACACGUCCCGCAAAUAUCGAGCAAUGGCAAACCACGGCAAAUACGUCCUGUCUCAGGAAGAUCGAUCGUCGAGCGAUCGUGACUUGGAGCGAGAUGCAACCAUCAAUGAUGCUGAAGAAAACUCUCCCCAUGAAGAUGAUAGCAGUAGCAGUAGCGCAAGCGAAGCCAGCGACAACGAGAGUGGUGGAAGUGAGCGCGGCAGCGCUUACAGUACAGAAAGUGUAGUACCUACGA